CUCAUUUCUGAAGCAAAAGAUUUUCAGUAAAAAGGGUGUGCAUGCAUCAGUGUCUAAAGAAAACUGAUGCACUGAGGAUUCAUCCCAAAAGAGCAUUCAAGCAAAGGUACUAAAUUACAAAUCACUGCACAUUCAGAAAGAAGAAGAAAAAAAGGACAGCAAGAUUUUCACCCAGCUUUUGAUCAUUAAAAGUGAAUACGAGUCCUUCUCCAGUUGAAUCCUUGGAGAACUUUCAUAGAUCUGAAGAUGACUGAAAAGAAAACAGAAGGAGCAAAUGCCAUUGCUCUUGAAGAAAUGGGAACCCAGGGGCAGGAGAUGAAGAAAGAGCAAAAGACGUUUACUGUGGAAGAAGCUGUGGAAACAAUUGGGUUUGGAAGGUUCCAUAUUGCGCUUUUCCUGAUCAUGGGCAGUACUGGAGUGGCAGAAGCCAUGGAGAUUAUGCUUAUCGCUGUUGUAGGUCCAGUUAUCCGUUGCGAAUGGCAACUUGGAAAUUGGCAGGUGGCAUUAGUGACAACGAUGGUCUUUUUUGGCUACAUGAUAGCCAGUGUAAUCUUUGGAGUUUUAGCUGAUCGUUAUGGCCGCUGGAAAAUUUUAUUUAUCUCUUUCAUCUGGGGAGCGUAUUUCUCUUUGCUGACAUCAUUCUCCCCUUCAUACAUCUGGUUUGUUUUCCUCCGGACCAUGGUAGGAUGUGGUGUGUCGGGUCAUGCUCAAGGGCUUAUAAUAAAAACUGAAUUCUUGCCUACCAAGUAUCGUGGGUAUAUGUUGCCAUUAGCACAGGUAUUUUGGUUGACAGGCUCCCUGUUAAUUAUUGGACUGGCGUCAGUAGUUAACCCAACCCUCGGGUGGCGAUGGUUGAUAAGAAUGGCCUCUCUCCCAGGCAUUGUUCUACUUUUAGCAUUUAAGUUCAUUCCUGAAUCUGCUCGUUACAAUGUUUCUAGCGGAAAUGACAAAGCUGCUCUUGCAACUCUGCAGUGGAUAGCUAAGAUGAACCGUUCUGUUAUGCCAGAAGGAAAGUUGGUGGAACCUGUUGAAGAAAGAAGAGGUCAGUUCAAAGACUUAAUGGAUCCCAAAUACUUACGGACAACUUUGCAGAUAUGGGUUAUAUGGCUAGGGAUAUCUUUUGCUUACUAUGGUGUCAUUCUGGCUAGUGCAGAGUUACUAGAGAAAAACCUGGUCUGUGCCACGAGAGGAGGUGGAAGAGUUGAAGAGGCAGCAAUCGGCAGUGAUUCUGAGGAGAUCCGAAGCCCGUGCUUGUGCCAUUUGUUUGCUCCAUCGGAUUACAAGAUCAUGAUCAUCAGUACAGCUGGAGAGAUUGCAUUAAACCCUGUAAACAUUCUUGGCAUCAAUUUACUGGGAAGGCGGCUGAGCUUGACAAUAACAAUGGGGUGUACAGCACUGUUCUUCCUUCUCCUCAACAUAUGCACUUCCAGCUCAGGCCUCAUAGGUUUUCUCUUCAUGUUGCGUGCUUUGGUAUCUGCAAAUUUCAACACCAUCUACAUUUAUACAGCAGAGGUUUAUCCUACUACCAUGAGAGCCCUGGGACUGGGGACUAGUGGAUCACUCUGUCGCAUUGGUGCUAUGGUGGCACCUUUCAUAGCACAAGUGCUCAUGAAUGCUUCUUUCUUGGGAGCACUUUGCCUAUUUGCUUCCGUCUGUGUUGUAUGUGCUAUCUCUGCUUUCACUCUACCCAUAGAGACUAAAGGAAGAGCACUUCAGCAAUCCAAAUGAAGAUACCGAUGCUGGGAAAAGGAACGUAUUAAGAUUAUCUGAUUAACUGAAGCCAUUUCCCAAGAAUUGUGUGCUUUCUGGUUUGCCUUUCCCCAAAAAUGUGUAUUGUGUUAUGACCUGGUUCCAUUCCCUCAAAUAAAAUGGCAAAAAUAAAA